AUGGAGGUUCUAACGGAUGGGUCUUAUCGCGCAGGCGCGGGGAAGAUACAAUGUCUGGAGGAUGUCGCAUACAACACAGCAGAUCUGAGGAAGGAGGCCGACAGAGUCGUGGAUGAUGUCUGGGCUACGUUUGUUCUGGGGGUCAAUGUCCGGCCGAAGGGAUUCGAUUUAUGCGCCCAAUUGAGUUCGCGCUGCUCGGAGUCACUGUUGUGCGACCAGCCGCCUUCCUACGAUGAUGUGGUCCUUGAUCUCCCUCCCGAAUACUCUGCGCUUCCUCCGCUUGCGCAGCGCAAAUGGUCUGUCCUUUCUUCUGCACCGCAGACUCCGAGAGAUAAAUCGCCUACGACGUCUUCUACAUUGCUGAAAGAUCGCAUGUUGGAUGUUCGUAUUGAUUUUGGGGAGCUGACUGGUGUGAGGGAACAUAAGAAGAAAGGCAAACCUGCUGCGAAGAAAGCUGCUGCUCCUCCUCCUCCCCCUCCUCCCCCUCCACCUGCAGAUGGUGGUGCGGAUCCUCCAGCGGACGACCCAGCCAGCGGUGACGGUGGAGGAGAUGGGGGCGGUGACGGGGGUGGCGCCGGUGAUGGAGGUGGUGGAGGUGAUGACUGGAGUGAUUGGAAUGUAAGCGGGAGCAAGAAGGACAAGAAGAAGAAGCAAGAGGAGGAAGAGGCCGAGAAACUCGCGAAAGAGGAGGAAGAACGGAAAGCCGCCGAAGAAUCUGCCGCUAAGGAUCUUAGCUGGGCGGACCAGGAUGGCGGUGGUGAUGAAUCCUGGGCCGCGUUUGAUACUGUUGGGAAAAAAAGAAGAGCAAGUCCGGCCCCUAAAACCGGCGGAACCGGCUUCAGUUUUGGGGGUUGGGGUAAGGACUGGAGCACUGGGGACAAGCUUGAUCUCGAGGAGCCUCCCAAAGAUGAUAACAAUCCUUGGGGCGCUGCCAAAAAGAAAUCUUCAAAAACCGCUGGCGAAUUCGAUUUUGGCGACUUGGACGCUCCACCUGAGAAGCAAGAGAAUGAUUGGGGAGGCUGGGAUAUUCAAACCAAAGACAAGAAAAAAAAGGGCAAAGCUGAGCCUGAGCCAGAACCCGAGCCUGUACCUCCUCCACCCCCUCCAGCUCCUCCGGCUCCUCCAGUGAGACCCGACUUCACACAGGAAGCAUGGUACUUGAACCUGUCCAAGAAAGAACAGCGCAAGGCGAAGAAGGACAUGGAGAAGAAGUGGAAAGAUGAGGAUGAAGCCAUGGCGAAAUUGGCAGCGGAACAAGCAGAAGCCCAAGCUGCAGAGGUUGUCAUUGAGCCUGAGAAGUCCCCCGAGCUAGACAACGAUUGGAGCUUCUCUGGAUCCAAAUCAAAGGAUAAGAAGAAGAUUGACCUCUUAGCUGAUCCAGAGCCUGCUCCAGAUCCUCCGCCAGCGGAUGACUGGAUGGGUGGAUGGGGUACAACAGUUAAGAAAAAGGACAAAAAGACCAAGGAACCAGAGCCUGAGCCUGAGCCUUUGCCCGAGCCCGAUCCAGAACCUGUAGUCGACGUUGGUUUCUCGUGGGGCGUUUCUACGAAGGACAAGAAGAAAAAGAAGGGCAAAGUCGAGCCUGAACCUGAACCCGAACCAGAGCCAGAGCCGGAGCCAGAACCUGAGCCAGAGCCGGAACCCGAACCAGAGCCAGAGCCGGAGCCAGAGCCAGAGCCAGAGCCGGAGAAACCAGUUCAUGACGACCCUCUAUACGAAGGUUGGAAAGACCUUUCCUCCAAAGAGCGCAAGAAGCGAGAAAAGCAAUUGAUCCGGAAGGGUCUACCCAUCCCAGGCAAGGACUUCGAACUUCCAUCCGAUAAACCCGAGGAACCGCCUGCUCCAGAACCCGAGCCUGAACCUGAGCCAGAGCCUGAACCUGAACCUGAACCGGAGCCAGAGCCAGAGCCAGAGCCUGAACCUGAGAAGCCAGCUGAAGAUGAUGGCUGGGGUUGGGGCGUCACCAAGGAGAAGAAAAAGAAAAAGAAAGGCAAGGAUAUCGAAGAGCCUCCUCCGCCUGCACCAACUCCUCCUGCCCAGGGCUUGACUCCUGAGCCUGAGGCCAUGGGUGAUAAUGGGGAUGACAUAUGGGCAGAGCUGGCUCCUAAGGCAAAGAGCUCAAAGAAGACGAAGGCUAUUGAGUCUCCUAAGGAGGAAAAGACCUCUAAGAGUUUCUGGUCAACUUUAACAGGUACUUCAACGAGUAAAUCGAAAUCGACGAAAAAGACCAAGGAAGAAAAGAAGGAGCCCGAGCCUAUUGAGGAUGAUCUACUUAUCGAUGUUGGUGAUGACCCGCCAGCAGAUCCUGAACCAGAGCCAGAGCCAGAACCGGAACCAGAACCAGAACCAGAACCAGAGCCAGAGCCAGAGCCAGAGCCAGAACCCGUCAAGGAAGAACCUCCCCUGCCUGAGAAGAAAUCUAAGACAUCGAAACUCAGCGUGGCUGAGCGUAUCAAAGCUCUGGAACAAGCUAAGAAAGAUAAACUUAAGGGAGAAAAGGCCGCCAAAAGCAAAAGCAAAGAGAAGGCCGAACCAGCUCCAGAGCCUGAGCCCGAACCUGAGCCUGAGCCAGAACCUGAACCUGAACCUGAACCGGAGCCAACGAAGAAAAGCAAGUCAAAGUCGAAGUCAAAGGAUUCUGUCCCAGGGAGCUUUCCAGACUUUGGUGAUGAACCAGAACCUGAGCCAGAACCCGAGCCUGAGCCUGAGCCAGAACCUGAGCCAGAACCCGAACCUGAACCUGAACCUGAACCAGUCCCUGAGCCCGAACCAGAGCCUGAUCUUUCGAAGAUGUCAAAGAAGGAACUCAAGAAGUAUAAGAAACUGCAAGCAGCGGCCGCUGCUGCUAAACCACCCACUCCCCCACCGCCACCAGAGGAACCACCUGCGCCCGAAGCUGACCCAGAUCCGGCCCCUGAGCCCGAACCUGAGCCGGAAGCCGAACCAGAAGCUGAUCCAGCCCCUGAGGCUGAACCUGAACCUGAACCUGAACCUGAGGAGCCAGUGGAAGAGACCAAGGAUGUUCCUCCCACGCCUCCGCCGGAGGAGCCACCAAAGACUUCCAAGAAGGACCGACCUCGCGCUGAGCGCACUAAUACUUCAUCCUGGGGCUUCUGGGGAGCUGCAGCUCCACCGCCUAAGAAAUCCAAUAAAAAGGAGUCCAGUAAGAAGGAGCCUAAAGAACCAAAGGAACCUAAAGAACCAACGGAACCGAAGGAACCAAAGGAAGUCAAGGUCCAAGAGGAACCAGAAAAGCCAAAGAAGAAAGAGUCAACUCGAGAGCGCUCCCCCUCCGCAGCGGUGCGAACCAAGUUGAGUAAAUCUCGGCCAAAAGAAGCUGAACCAGAAGUUGAGAAAUCUUCAUCUGACCACGAAAAACGUCGGGAACGCGAGGUUCGCUCUUCGAAGAAUCAGCGAAGUUUGGCCUUGGCGAAUAUGGUUCUGGGAACACCCCAGUCUCGGAGCAAAUCGACGCGCAAGCAUGAGUCUUCUUCCAAACCAGUGUCUAGACGACCAUCUGUUGAAGAGGAUAAGGCUUCUACGCCCACUCCACCUCCAGAUGAAAAGGCAGAGGUUGCUGAUAAGGCAGCCAAAAUGAUGGGUAUCAACGCUUCCAAGUCCCGUCGUGAACGGCCGCGCACUGAGAGGCGGAAAUCAGCUCGGGAUCCAUACGCAAUCGAGGACGACGAUCUUGUUAUGGUUGACAAGGAGGAUGUAGAGGGCCAUUCACCAAAGGAGGACUCCAGUCGCUCGAAGCGCAAGUCUAAGAGACAGCCCCGCGCCAAGCCAGAAGACGAUGAUGACGGAGUUAUCGUCGACGCGGAACAAGCACAGCCACCUCCAGAUAUCGUCUCAGGACCUGACGAUAUGGCUGACGCACCCCCAAGAGAACGACGUCUCAAGCGGUCCAACACGACACCUAAGAAACCAGAGACAGGUGGUAUCAUGGGGCUGAUUGGCUCGUUCAGGAAGAGUACUAGGCCGGAAAUGCCGGAAAGGAAGAAAUCACGCUCGUAUCGGGAUGAUGACGGGAAAUAUGCCACAGAAACAGAGCGUGAAGCAGCCCGUAAAUUACGCCGCAAUGAUCGACGCAGGGGAUCUGUCAGACCAGACACCGAUGCUGAAGGAUUCGUGACGGAUGCAGCUGGCGGAUUCGAAGGUGCAGAAACCGAGCCUGAAGACGCCGAAGCUCGCAGGGCAGCGCGCAAGGCAAAGCGAGCAUCUCGACAGGCGCCCUCUGACGCACGCGAGAUGGCACGCGAGAUGGCACGUGAGAACGAAGCCCGGGAAGCCCGGGAAGCUGAAGAGCGACGCGUAAGAAGAAAAGAAAGGGCACGUGAACAGCGCGCCCGUGAAGAAGAGGAAGAAGAGCGCCGUCAAGAAGAGAAACGAGCACGACGAGCAGCCCGCGAGGAGCGUCGGAUGCGCGAAGAACAAGCCGCAAGAGACGAAGAGGCCGCCCGCGAAGCCGAAGCCCGCGAAGUCGAAGCCGCCGCCGAAGCCAAAGCAGCCGAGAGACGCGAACGACGACGAUUGCGCGAGGAAGAAAUGCUCGCUGCAAAGGCAAGCCGCCGGCGGUCCCGCGUCGAAGACCGAUACCCCAACGACGUCCUCCCAGACGAACGGGAGAUCGUAGAUCAUCGAGGAGGUCGGAGCUCACGAGCACCGGACGACCUCAAAGCUCGUCGUCGCAAGUCCAGGGCUGCACCGGAGCCCGAAGAGUCCUAUCGGCCGACUCCUAUGAAACCAGGCGCGGGCAAGACUAAGACCUCCUCGUGGGUCUAUUCUCAAGCUGACGAGCCACCAGAGCCGCCGCCGAUCAUGCCCACUGUUCUUGACAUGCCUCCUGCCAGCGCGACCAAUGAAAACGGUAAUGGCCAUUCCCUCUCGUCGGACGAGGAGGCUCGUCGCGCUGCUCGUCGGAAAGCUCGCCAUCGUGCCAAGUACCCCGAUGAAGAGGUUGAUGAUGCCCGUUCUCGGCGACGGGGGUCUCGUCGGGAAGGUGUGAAGAGUAGCUCUGGCAGUGGUGACUAUGAGCGCGAUCGUGGUAUGAGAUCGCAGCCUGGGAGUCGGCAGGGUGCUCCGCCUAGUUCAGCUGCGAAAGGGAAAUCGAGCUGGUUUAGGAAACUAACGACCUUUUAA